ACUAGAAUUAUGGUUGUGAAUAACUUCAACUUACGCAGAGAUCGGAUAUUUUAUCGAAUAAAUUCAUAAUAUUUAUUUAUAAUUUACACAACAUUUAGAUUUGUUCAACCGUAUAUACAUAUUCAGAUCGAGGAAAAGAGAAGUAGAGAUUAUUCUUCAAACGGUCUUUGUUUUAUUUUCCUAUAAAUCUUAGAAUAGAAACGCAUAAUGAAAACAAAACAAAAAACAGAACCUGUGUUACUUGGCCAUCUCAACUUGACAUUUGCUCAAAUUCCUAUGUUUAGUAUCGCGCUAAGAUGCGCUAAACUCUUAUUUUUUAUACAGAACUUUUUACUACUUCUAUUAAUUGACGUGAAAAUUAGACAGAAAUUAGUAUGUCACAGAAAAAAAAAUUUCCUUCAUCUAACCUUCUUCUCCGUCUACUAGCAACACUAAUAUGCAGAAAAGUAACCAACGUUUUUUAAAUACAUUUUUAUUUACUAUAGCAGAUGUAAACGAUAUGAUUACGAAGCGUAAAAACAAGAAAUCUGUAGGAAUCGAUGGUAUUGAUGUCCAGUUUUUAAAACUAUGCUCUGAAGUUAUUUCACCACAAUUACAUCACUUAUUUACUUUAUCAUUAGCACAAGGAGUUGUUCCGAAAUUGUGGAAAAAAGCGAUAAUAAAAGCAAUCCAUAAAAAGGGAGCACGAAAUCUGUGCUCUAAUUAUCGACCAAUUUCUCUUUUAUCUAAUAUUAGCAAAGUUUUUGAGCUUCUUAUUCAUAAGUGUAUACUUAGUCACUUGCAUGAAAAACGUUUUUUUACUAACGUACAAUUUGGCUUUAGGCCAAGCUCUUCAACAGUUGACUCUCUUUUACAUAUAACUUUUAGGUUAAGUAAUAUUUUAGAAGAAAGAAAAAUAGCAGUAGGAGUUGCUUUCGACUUUGCAAAAGCUUUUGAUACAGUGACUCAUAGACUUUUGUUAGAAAAACUACACAAAGCAGGAGUAGAAGGGAAUUUUGUAGAAUGGCUUAAAUCUUAUUUAAGUAAUAGAAAGCAAGUAGUAAUAGUUAAUGAUAAAAUAUCUAAACCUGCGCUGGUUACAUCUGGAAUGCCUCAGGGCAGUGUGAUUGGUCCUCUGUUAUUUUUGAUAUUCAUCAACGACCUUGUUUUAGAGUUUCCUAUUGAGGUAACGGCUUCCUUAUUUGCAGACGACGUCUUCGGAUUAGUCUCGUUACAAAACUUUUCUGAUUUAUCCGAGGUACAGAACCUCCUAGACAUUAUGUCGAAGUGGUGUGCGAACGAGAUAGAUUUAAAUAUCGAUAAAUGCUGCUAUAUGCCAUUUUCUAAUCAAAAACCACCGGAGCAGUUUCCACCUCUUUUGUUAAGUGGGAACCAAAUAAUGGUCGAAAAAAAUAUAAAAUUGCUAGGAGUUUAUCUUUCAUCAGAUCUCACAUGAAAAUUUCAUCUUGAAAAUACAGCUAGGAGGUGCAGGCAAAUGUUAGGCGCUAUGAAUCGAAUAUUCGGAUCUGCUCUUACUUUUAUUCGACUGCAUAUUUAUAAAACCUGUAUUUUGCCAGUAAUGGAUUAUUGUUGUGUAGUAUUUGACAAUGAUUUCAAAACGCAUCUCGAUUUACUAACAUCAGCUCAUAAACUCGCUGCGCGUAUGAUAUCAAAUGACUAUAGAUCCGACAGCUCCUCUUUGAUCACGAACUUAAAACUACCAGACCUUGCUCAAAGAAGAAAAUUUUUCAGGUUAAUCUUCUUUCACAAAAUUAUUACAGGACGUAGUGCACUUUCGCGCUUUUCGUUAAUACAGCCUCUUACAACUAGAACAUCUUUGCGGACCUCUAAUCGAUGUCUCUGGCAGGUUCCCUUGUUAAAACGUAAAACUACUAGAGCUUUAUUUUUACCAAAAACUAUAAAAGAGUGGAAUCAAUUACCAAGAGAAGUGAUUGCUGCCUUUAGUGCUCGAGCUUUUAAACGUGCAAUAAAGAAACAUCUCGUUUCUUAGAGCAGUUAAUAAUACAUACUAAGCCAUAUUCUAUUUACUGUGCCAUUUUUUUUCUACUGUUCAAACUGUUUUUGUUUUAUAUCUCUUUUCUUGUUUUUGGUUUUUUUGUUUCUUACUGGGGAUGACCUAGACAAGUUCCUUGUUGUCCUUUUGUCAUUACCCUGUCAUUUUAUUAACAUCAUGGACUAAAAUAAAUUGAUUGAUAAUGUGUAAGAUCAAUUCUUUUUGUAUAAUUCUGUGGAAAAGAGUUAUGUAAUACAUCAAUUUUUCUUCUUAUAGGCGUUACAGCCAGUACCUGAUCCAGCUACAAAUGCUUUUUGGAAUUAUCAAGUGAAUAAAGAUUUGCACAAUAAUAUUGGUGAUUAUUUACGGCAACAGCAUCGAUCAUGGAGAGAUAAACAUUAUCCAAUAACCCAACGAAAUCUUGAAUGGUAUGAAUAUCUACGACGACAAGCUGGCCUUCAAAACAGCCGUGGGGUACCGUAUGGAAAAACUCCGACGAUAGGACGAAGACGACGACGAGGACAACGGUCAAAAAUUGAGGAUAGAAACGGUACAAAUGAAAUUUUCCAUCAAUCAGACGAUGAUGGGGGAAUAUCAAAAAUAGAUUUUUCUUCGCCACCAGUCACAUUAACAUGGCUAGACUUGAAAGCGGAGGCACCACCGAAAGACGCUGGAUGCAUGCGGUCGUUAAAACAAACUUAUUGUCCAUGGAGAGAAGUUGGACAGCCAAAACAAUUGCUUAAAGGAGUGAGUGGAAUCGUUAAACCGGGACAAUUAGUAGCAAUCAUGGGUGCUAGUGGAGCUGGUAAAACAACAUUAAUGAAUGUAUUGACAGCUCGUCGACCAGGAAAGUUAAAAAUUACUGGUGACGUUCGAGUAAACGGAUCAAAAAUGGGCAGAAAUAUAUCGAGAGUGGCUGGCUAUGUACAGCAGGAGGAAUUGUUUAUUCCAUCGAUGACUACUCGUGAACAUUUAAUAUUUCAUGCAAUGUUACGAAUGAACAAAGAUAUGACAAAAGAACAACGUCUUCUACGAGUCGAAGAAGUACUGGAUUUUGUUGGGAGUCAUGUGGAUGUCCUGAAUGAAAAAUCCCUUCGCAUCGGAGCAGAAGGUCGACUAGCAUAUUUUGGUCUGAGGACCAAAGCACAAGAAUUUUUUGGACGGUUGGAUUAUACACCUCCAGAAAAGUAUAAUCCAAGUGACUAUUAUAUUCAAACAUUAGCAAUAUUACCCUAUGAUCGUGAAGCGUGCUUGGAAAGAGUUGAGUAUAUCUGCGACGAAUAUGAACGUUCUCCAAUGUAUUCUCAACGAGUGGCUGAAGUACAACAAUUUCACGCUAUUGAAGAUGAUCAAACAAUAUCUGGACUAUUCAAAAGUUCGCCAAAAUAUAAAGCUGGAUUUUUUACACAAUUAAGAUGGUUAAUGUGGCGUAGUUUUAAAAAUAUGGUUAAAAAUCCAUUUGAAUUACGAUUACAUCUUAUACUGGCUGUUAUAGUCGGUGUUAUGCUUGGUUUACUCUUUAUCCGUUUAAAAUAUAAUCAACAGGCACCUCAAAAUAUGUCUUCUGUUAUUUUUGUUUUGUUAAUUAAUAUAUCAUUCACUUAUCUAAAAGCUGUUGCAAAUAGUUAUGCUAGAGAAUAUCCCGUAUUUUUUAAAGAACAUGAUGAUAAUAUUUAUCGAACAUUUCCAUACUAUAUUUCACGAUUUCUGAUUGAAUUACCCGUCUUUGCACUAGGAACAUUUAUCCUGGCGACUAUCGUCUAUUGGUUAACAAAUUUAUACGACAAUGUAAGAAGAUAUUUUAUUCUAAUGGGUAUUCUUAUAUUAACAGAAUUGGUUGCAACGUCAGCAGGAUCCAUAAUUGCGGUGAUCUCGCCAACAUUUCAAGUAGCAGAUGCACUAGUAGUGCCAAUAGUUAUACCAUUGAUGGUGUUUGGUGGCUUUUUUAUAAAUGCAAAGACUAUUCCUAAAUGGUUAAUAUGGAUUAAAUAUAUAUCAUGGUUCUAUUAUGGAAAUGAAAUGGCGCUGGUCAAUCAAUGGACAGAUGUCAAAUAUCUACAAUGCAAUCGAAAGGCAAAUUCAAAUACGACGUGUUUUCGUGAUGGAAAUGAUGUUCUUAAAUUAUAUGGUUUUUCAAAGCAUGGAAAAGUUGAAAUAAUUGCAAAUGAUCAAGGAAAUAGAACAACUCCUAGUUAUGUAGCAUUUACGGAUACGGAACGUCUGAUUGGCGAUGCAGCCAAAAACCAAGCUGCAAUGAAUCCAACAAAUACUAUAUUUGAUGCCAAACGUCUUAUUGGAAGACGAUAUGAUGAUGAUACUGUACAAAAAGAUAUUAAACUAUGGCCAUUUAAAGUCAUAAAUAAAGAUCGAAAACCAUUCAUUGAAGUACAAUAUAAAGCAGAACGAAAAGUAUUUUCACCAGAAGAAAUUAGUUCAAUGGUAUUGACAAAAAUGAAAGAAACAGCUGAAGCAUUUCUUGGAACAACCGUUAAAGAUGCUGUUGUUACUGUGCCCGCUUAUUUUAACGAUUCACAACGACAGGCUACAAAAGAUGCUGGUACAAUCGCUGGUCUAAAUGUAUUGCGUAUAAUCAACGAACCGACUGCAGCUGCCCUCGCAUAUGGUUUAGAAAAGAAACUGCAACGUGAUCAAAAUAUUUUAAUCUAUGAUUUGGGCGGUGGAACAUUUGACGUUUCGGUUCUGACAAUUAGUGGAGGAGAUAGUGGGGGCAGUUUAUUUGAAGUUAAAUCAACAGCUGGUGAUACUCAUUUAGGUGGCGAAGAUUUUGAUAAUCGUCUUGUGCAGCAUUUUGUCGAAGAGUUUAAACGUAAACAUGGGAAAGAUAUAUCGAGACAUACAAAAGCGUUACGUCGUUUAAGAAGUGCUUGUGAAAGAGCAAAACGUACACUGUCAAGUUCGUCAGUAGCAUCACUUGAAAUCGAUUCAUUAUUUGAAGGAAUUGAUUUUAAUACACAAAUUUCCCGUGCUAGAUUUGAAGAACUUUGUAUUGAUAUGUUCCGUAACACAAUCGGACCUGUUGAUCAAGCAUUGAAAGAUUCUAAGUUACAAAAACGCGAUAUUGAAGAAGUUGUUUUGGUUGGUGGUUCAACUCGUAUACCAAAAGUACAACAAUUAUUAUCUGACUAUUUUAAUGGUAAAAGUUUGAAUAAAAAUAUAAAUCCUGAUGAAGCGGUUGCUUAUGGAGCCGCUGUUCAAGCAGCAAUAUUGACUGGUGAUCGGAGUGAAAUGAUCAAAGAUGUUUUAUUAAUUGAUGUUACUCCGUUAUCGAUGGGUAUUGAAACAGCUGGUGGUGUUAUGACAAAAUUAAUUGAGAGAAAUCAAAGUAUCCCUCAUAAGAAAUCACAAACUUUCACUACAUAUACUGAUAACCAGCCAGCAGUAACGAUUCAAGUAUUCGAAGGGGAACGUGGUAUGACUCGAGAUAAUCAUUUACUUGGCAAAUUUGAUUUAGAAGGGAUUCCACCAGCUCCACGUGGUAUUCCUCAAAUUGAUGUUACAUUUGAUUUGGAUGCAAAUGGGAUACUUCAUGUAACAGCCGAAGACAAGAGCACGGGGAGAAGCCGUAAAAUCGAAAUUAAAAACGAUAAAGGACGAUUAUCACAAAGCGAAAUACAACGAAUGUUGUCGGAUGCUGAGAAAUACCGUGAUGAAGAUGACAGAGCCCGUGAACGUGUGAAUGCAAAAAAUCAGUUAGAAACAUAUGCAUAUUCAUGUAAACAGGCUGUUGAAAAUUAUAAUGGUAAUAAUAUAACUGAUAGCGAGAAAAAAACGGUUAUUAACAUCUGUGAUGAUACUCAAAAAUGGUUGGAUCGAAAUCAAUUAGCUGAAAAAGAAGAAAUUGACCAUCGUUAUCAAGAACUCGAGAGGAAGUGUCAAAAAAUUAUGAUAAAAAUGCAUGGUGGUGGCCAAGGAGGUGGUCAGCAAGGUGGAAGAAGCGGAGGCGGCGGAUAUAAUUCUGGAUCAGGUGGUUAUAGUGGACCGAGAGUGGAAGAAGUUGAUUAA